AUUGUGCUGGAGUGCAGAUGGUAAGCGAGUAGCGAGUGGAUCCUGGGAUGUCGACACCGGCAAAACUAUCCUGACAAUUAAAACUGGGCACAAUAUGGUAGAAGCGGUGAUGUACUCGCCUGACUCAUCAAAACUGGCGACAGGCGGAGACGAGAAUGGUGUAAAAAUCUGGGAUGCGAAGACAGGCGAGCUUCUCAACACACUCAAACACGAUCACCAGGUUUUCAGCUUGGCAUGGACAUCGGACGGGAAGAAGUUUAUCUUCGGUUCAUAUGGCCCGAUUAGGAUAUUCGAUACUGCCACUUGGCAGCAGAUCGCCAUCCUUGAAGGUCACACAUACUCUGUCUGGAUCUCCUUGUCGCAGAACAACUGCCUCCUUGCCAGUGUAUCACUCGAUCAUACAGCGCGUCUAUGGAAUGUCGACACCAAUCUCCAAGUUGGACCACCGCUCCAGCACGAAGAGGAUUUGCGCUCCGCAGCCCUUUCCCCUGAUGCAAAGGUGCUAGUCACUGGUUGCCACAACAAAAACGUGUACGCAUGGGACGGCAAUGCUACGCGACGUCUACCUAUUCAAGCCCGUCGAAUACCACAAGACUUUUUCGACGGCGUACAAAAUGGUACCCAGUCUUCUGCCGCACGCAGUACCCAUCCUCGUUAUCCUGCACAAUACCCUCGCAGUACUCGGCCAUCCCUUCUCGAACGCUGGUUGUCCCUCUUCCGCCACUCUCGCCCCGAUACCGAUGGAACAAUUGAACUGCAGCAACGCUCACGGUUGUCCAUCUUCUCUCAUCAGGGUCCUCGUAUUGUUGAAACUCCAACCGUACAAGACAGAAAGGCUUUGUAUGUUGCUCGGCCGGCACAGAACACACAGCAGCAAGUACAAUCGCACGGCCAGGGAUCGUCCACGGCACCACCUGUUCCAGGUACUAAUACUGCUACGCCAGAUGCAAGACCUGCGCACUCACGACUCGUACGAUUGUUGGCUCAUCUCGUGCUCUUUCUCUGCUGCGCAUCCCCUCAACACGCCGAUGGCAACCCACACCCAACACAGCAGCAAUCCCAAGGCCAAGCGCAGACCCAUUUCAUAUCGUCGCAAGCACAGCACCAGCAAGGUCAACCACAGGCCCAGGUGUCAUCAUCACCCACUCAGCCUGCCCCCCUCUUCACGUCUGCGAUUCCUACUGCUCUUGAUGCUCAUACUACCGCACCAGGUGUAGCAAGCGGGCAGCCACGCCCCCUUCCAUUGCGGACCCGUUUCGUUCUUUUUCUCUGCUGUACAUCCCUUCCGCACGCAGAUGGGCACUAACACUGCAGCACUCAUAUUUGAAUCUGGUUCUUUUGUAAUCGCUUUGUUCACGCCGCGAAUGUGUGUAUUUUAUUUCACCACUUCCUCAAUCUCGGGGUUGGUUUCGAUGUUACCAAUUUUAAUCUCAAGUAGUCGCUAGAAACGUGUCCCGGUUGCAAAUCCCGGUGUUGUAUAUUUUAUGCACUACUUGUCCCAUCCGCAUCUAUUCGUUGGUACUACCCGAUAGCAAGUAUGUACAUUCUGCCUUGCACUGGAUCGUACCCUCGUCAAACUGCACAUGUGACCUUCUCAACCGUGUUUCCUACAUGCUUCCCGACUAGAUUUUUAUACGCUACGGUAAUCUCGCGGAGGUUUUCUGUUAUAUGAUUUUCUCCCAGAGGA